UCUCUGGCUCCGCUGUGAAUGAGCGAGGAACUAAGGAACUGCCCAUGUGAGGAACAAACGGAGCGAGCGCCCAUCUCUCGCGAGGAACGACGCCGUUAUCGGAAUCUCUACAAACAACACGAGAAUUCAUCAUUCACACGCUGUGAACGAUGUCUGAACAAGAGUUGGAGGAAAUUGUGCAAAUAACAGUGGAGGAUUUUAACCAGGAUGACCGGACAGACCUGUUGGACAAUCAUGAAGACGACGAAGAAAAGCCUCAGAAGAAAAAGAGGAAAUUAAGCACCAGCCAAGAGAAUAACAACAAUAACCAAGACAUAUCUCUUAUUAAGAACCUGUUAGACUCUUUCACUGCAUCAAUCAGCCAGCGACUGGAGGGGAUUGAAUCAAAGUUAUACUCUCUGGAUGCUACGUGCAAAGCCCUUGGACGCAAACUGGACAGCAUGGUGCCAUGUGCAAAGAGUCCUAUCCAGGUUCCUAUGGUGGCAGGGUCUCCGCAGGGGGCCACUCAAACUUGGAACAAAGUGAGAUGCGUUGUACCACAAACAAAUGUGAUAGUGAGCAGUGAACACCCAAAGGGCACUAUGCAAGAAGAAACACCUCUGGAGAAUCUGCUCAGCAACACGGUGGCCAGGAAGCGUCACAACACAAUCCUUGUAAAGGUCCCGGGGCCAGAUGAUAGUCAGGAAGAACAAGACAGCGGCUCAGAGGCCAGUGACACUGUUUCAAAUGGUGGCCAUUCCAGCAAUGCGCAAAAUGGCCAAAAUGUCACACUCAUUACGCUCAACUCAGAAGAUGAUUACCCAGUGGGCACCUGGUUGGGAGACGAGAACAACCCCGAGAUGCGAGUUCGUUGUCCGGUGUCUGCAGCUGAUAUGCUCCAUAUCACCACAAACUGUCGCACAGCGGAGAAAAUGGCGCUGACACUGUUAGACUACCUGUUCCACCGGGAAGUCCAGGCCAUGUCCAACCUGUCUGGCCAGGGCAAACACGGCAAGAAGCAGCUGGACCCGCUCAUGAUCUAUGGCAUUCGAUGCCAUUUGUUCCACAAAUUUGGCAUCACAGAAUCAGACUGGUACCGCAUCAAGCAGAGCAUCGACUCAAAGUGUCGCACCGCCUGGAGACGCAAGCAGCGCGGCCAGAGUCUUGCUGUCAAGAGCUUCUCCAAACGCACGCCUCGGAGUUCAGCCUCAGAGGGAGGCAUGGGAGAUGAAACGGGACACAUUGAGGCUGCUACCCAGCAGACCUUGCACUACACACUGGCCAAUCAACAAGUCCAGUUCCACCGUAUCGGCGAGGAUGGACAAGUUCAAGUGAUCCCACAGGGUCAGCUGCACAUUGCCCAGGUGCCACAAGGAGAGGAAGUGCAGAUCACACAGGACAGUGAGGGAAAUCUUCAGAUCCACCAAGUACAUGUCGGUCAGGAUGGACAGGUGCUACGUGGGGCUCAGCUCAUAGCGGUGGCAUCAGCUGAUGGGGGGGCCACAGCAGUAGAGGGCUCCCCCCUCCCCAAUGACAUCCAAGUGCAGUACGUCCAACUCGCGCCCGUCUCAGAUCACACAGCUGCCGUACAGGCUGCUGAGCUAAGCCCGGCCAUGCAGGCGGAGUUGGAGGUGAAAGAGGCCAUCCAGGGGGCCAUCCAGGGAGAAAACGGCGAAGUGGUCCAGAUCGUCACCUCCGUGGCCAAUUGAGAGCCCGUCUGGUUCCUCACAUCUCAGAUCUCUGCUCCUCAGCAAUGGCCUGACAAGUCUCAGCGGCCCAAACGUGCACACGGUCUGACAGACACUCAAGUCAGAAAGCUAUUUUAUAGACACUGAAGGACACGGAUGAAAUAGAAAAGAAGCAUUUUUCAGUUUUGUGUUUGGCCCUACAAACUCUUCUGUUCAUUGCAAACCAGAUGUCGCAAUGUGGAAAUGUUUGCAGACUACUUGAAAAGACUAUGAUACUCACAAAUUCAACAGUGGUCUGAAUGUGUUUUCAUCACCAGAAGAACCUGGCCCAACACUGAAUACACAGUGGUAUUAUUGUCUGUCCAGGGAGGAUGCUACUUAUGCAGACCAUCACCCCGCCACUUCAUCAGCACACACACUUACAUCAACUUUGGAAAAUAGUGGAGUUAAGCUGCUUGGCUACCUCUGAGACACCCGUGAGGUUUUUGUAAAACCCCUGAAUCCCAAGUCAAACAAUCAGUACUGUGCUCCUUUUCUCGUCAUUUCUUGCCACAGUGGACUGCAAUGGAAAGUAGAUUUAACCGAGCUCAACUUCUCUUGGUUAUGAUUCAUUUGGUUUCCUGUCACUCCAUGAUUCAAUCCAUACUUUGUCCGCCGGCUGAGAGCCCUGCCUUCCCUUACUUUGCUCUUCUUGUUUUCAUAAAGCUUAAGCCGCACAGCUGUUUGUUUGUUUCAUUUGCAUAAUUGUAACAUGCUAAAGGUUUUUUGGGAGCUUUAAUUUUGGAGGAAGAAGACUAUGAAAUAGAAGAGAUGGUGCCAGUAGACAGUACAAGAUGCUUGUAGAAAACCAAGGAAACCUUGAACUUGUUUAUUUCCCCAGUUUUGUCUCUGCGAAAGAUACAUUCAUGUGAAUAAAACGUGCUUGUGGUUGCCAUAAAAGUGUGUUUUUAUUUUG